GACCUUUUUUUUUUUUUUUUGAGACAGAGUCUAUCUGCAUGGCCCUGGCUGUCUUAAGACUCUCUAUGUAGAUCAGACCAGCUUCAAACUCACAGAGAUCUGCCUGCCUCUACUUCCAGACUGCUGGGAUUAAAGUCAUAUACAUCACUAGAUCUGGGUGAGGCGCCACAUCUUAAAGGUUGUUCCCCCCAGUACUGGCAUUUUGGGGGUCAAGCCUUUAACACGGGGGCCUUUAUGGAUAAGCAGUCGGCAUCUAAGCUAUGGCAUGGAGUGCAGUGAGAACACACAGUGGAAGUGUGGAGACGGGUUUCGAUUCUCCCCAGUGUAUGUGUGUGAACAUGGGCUCGGCCUCCCAUCUCUGGAUCUCACUUUCCUGUUUUAAGAAAGAGAUGGCUGAUGGUGAGGGGUCACAGCUACUGUGAGUUCAGGCUUCUCCUCACUGCUUCACCACACCCAAAGGUGGGUUUUGUUGGGUCCUCCAAGAAGAGAAGAAAGGAGUUAAAUGACUUACCGACCCACCUAAAGGAGGAGAGAGAGAGAGAGAGAGAGAGAGAGAGAGAGAGAGAGAGAGAGAUAUGAGUGCUACCCAGUGAAACAGACUAUAAGCCAAAGCUUUAGAGAAAUACUCAGAAACGUCACAGAAUGUGCUCGAUAGACCUGUUUACACGAAAUGGAUAUUCUCAAAACCACAUUCAGGAGGUCACAUUACAGAGGGAUCAUUUCCCGUCUCAGGAUGAAAAGUCACAGGAAUUCAGGGGCGGGGGGAAUAUUUUAACAGUCAUUAUUACAAACUCAGAGUCAGAUACACUUAGCAUCACGUGGCAAGCCGUGUUAGUGAAAGUCUACAGGGCAUUGGGACUGACAGGGCCUCUUUCAAGUAGGUAGGACGGGUCCGGAGAGUUCAGUCAUGGGCUCGGGGCCUGGCACCAUGGAGAAGCUGUUUGUGUUGGUCCUUGUCCUCACUCUGCUGGUCUUCUCCUCAGAAGCCUCCCCAAUUCUGACAGAAAAGCAAGCCAAACAGCUCCUGAGGUCCCGGCGACAGGACAGACCCAGCAAACCUGGAUUCCCGGAUGAGCCCAUUCGGGAGUAUGUGCAUCACCUGCUGGCCCUGGAGCACCGUGCUGAGGAGCAGUUUCUGGAACACUGGCUGAAUCCCCACUGCAAGCCUCACUGCGACAGGAACCUGGUUCACCCCGUGUAAAGGGCUCUGGGCCGGCUUGGUUGACAGGCAGUGAUCCAGAGACUGCUGGGACAGAGAGAAGCUCAUCUUCUAUUUGCUCUGAAGCUGCAGAAAUGAGAUCUUCUGAUCUCAGGAACUUGCGGUCCCUUGUGGGCAGGCCAGAAGUUGCCUUCAAGGGAAAUGACAAAUAUAUAUUCUGCUCCGUUUUACUAACAUGCCCACAUCAUGAAAACUAACAGCUUGAGUCACAGGGCUCCUGAAGGCCUUCCUACCAGUUUGUGAGAAGAGGCAGAGCCCAAGUCCCCCCUUUGAGGGAUGGAGCUGGGGCCGCAGAACAGGCAUGGGGUGGAGUGUCUGCACUGGGGACCUUGGGGAUAUCUUGCUCAGAAGGGGGAAGUGCAUCACUUGGAGCUGCUGAGUUUUGAGUCAUCUGCUUUUUUAUUUCUCUGCUGCACUUAUAAAGGCUGACGUUUAAUCUU